CUGAGUUCAAACCCCAGUACUGCAAAGAAACAACAACAAAAAAAACACACUAAAAUGAAUUAAUGUGAAUAAAAUAGUAUCAAACAAAAUUUCAAGGCAUAAAAGAUUUUCUACAAAUGCUACUUAUGUGGGAGUUAGAAGAUAAGACUUCUGAGUUCAAAGUCAGAGACUCUGUGUAAGGAGGAGGAAGCAACUUUGCUUCCUUAGGGGUGAAGCUAGUACACAGAUCAGGUAUAGACCUGCUCCAAGGUCUUGUCUUCUUUGGGCUCAGAUGCUUGGGCACCUGGGUGUGGGGAUGGAGAUCUUCGGGUCAGGGCUGUGAGUGGCUACCAUGACCCUUGGUAGAGGAGCCUGCUUAAAGCUGAACACACUGUGAUGCUUCCUGAAAUAGUGACCAGAAACUGCAGGGAAUUGUGACCUAGAGACAUUUUGUAAUUAUUUCUACUUUUGAAGUAUUUUGCAGUGGAACAUGAUAUCUGUUUGGAAAAAGGCAUUGUGAUAAUAAUAUAUAUUAUUAUUUGAUGCCUUUUACUUUAAAACAAUAUUCACCUUUAACUUUCCCAUUUUAUUCUUACAAUAACCUUUUGAAGUAGGACGGUUAUUCAGUAAGCUGAGCAUUUGGUUCCUUCUAAAAUUCCCUCUGAGCAUAUGGUUCCCAGGCCACUUUGGUAGUUCCUAAGGUUCUGGUCAUUAUUUUGAAAUGUUCAUCUGUGGUCAUUUAAGACUUAAGCCUUUGCUGAAGGACAUUCACAACUGAGCAUAUAAACCAUGGAGGUAGUUUUAAGCCUUCCUAGGAGUUUCCUUUUACUUGGCAGGAAAAGAGGCUAUACCCCUUCAGGGCUCUCCAUAUCUUCUUUAGGUACCCUUAUGUUAUCAUAAAAACCCAAGUGCUGCUUUCAGUGACUCCUGUAGUUCUCUCCCUUGAGUGCUACUUGGGUUCACCUGGAGAGAAUCUCCCUAAUGUGGCUGUACACCUGCUCUAAGACAGGUGUAUUAAAAGGUAUCAACAAGAGAACUUUGCCUGGUUUGGUUCAGGUAGUUCUGUUGUGAGUACUGUUGUGUUCUGGGGAUGAGGAGAGGAGGUGGUUAUUACAGGAGGAUCAGAUAAUUUCUGACCUAUUAAUUAAAAAAAAAAAAAAAAAAACUUUGAUUCUCUUGUUUUCUAGGGAUUGUUCCCUGAAGGGGAGACCAUUUCAUCUCUUCCGCUUACUCAUCCAAUACCAUGAGCCUGAGCUUUGUUCUUUACUUGAUACAAAGAAAAUUACUCCAGACUCCUAUGCACUCAACUGGGUAAUAAAGUGAAAGAAGAAUUCCAUUUCUGCUGUUACUAACUGUGUGAUCUAAGACACUUUGCUUCUGAACUUCAGUUUCUUUAUUUGUAAGAUGGUAAUAAUAAGCAAAUCUAUCUCAGAGGAUUAUGGGAUGAGUUAGCAAUCGGAAAAUGCUUGGAAGCCUUUUUGCAUAUUACUGUUCCAUUGAAGUCACUCAGGCAAUAUGGGAUGGAUAUCUACAACAAGCAGAUCCAUUUUUUAUUUAUUUCUUAAUGUUAAUUAUUCUUGUUAAUACAAAAGAAUUUAUUUUAGCACAAGAAUCAGACAGCAAAGAAGAAGUUAUCCGAUUCUUGGAAAAUACGCCAUCAAGUUUGAAUAUAGAAGAUAUAGAAGACCUUUUCUCUCUGGCUCAGUAUUAUUGCAGUAAAACACCAGCUUCUUUUAGGAAGGAUAAUCACCAUCUCUUUGGUAGUACUUUGCUGGGAAUUAAGGAUGAUGACGCAGAUCUGAGUCAGGCUCUUUGUUUGGCCGUCUCAGUGUCCGAGAUUCUUCAAGCAAAUCAGCUGCAAGGUGAAGGAGUCCGGUUCUUUGUGGUGGAUUGUCGUCCUGCAGAACAGUAUAAUGCUGGGCAUUUAUCAACUGCCUUCCACUUAGAUUCUGAUCUGAUGCUCCAGAAUCCAUCCGAGUUUGCACAGUCAGUGAAGUCCUUGCUGGAAGCACAGAAGCAGUCCAUUGAGUCUGGCUCCAUAGCUGGUGGGGAGCACCUGUGUUUUAUGGGCAGUGGCAGGGAAGAAGAAGACAUGUAUAUGAACAUGGUCCUGGCACACUUUUUACAGAAAAACAAAGAAUAUGUGAGUAUUGCCAGUGGAGGAUUUAUGGCACUGCACAGCACCUGGCAGAUAUUAAUGUGGAUGGGCCAGAAAAUGGAUUAUGGCCAUUGGAUUGCUAGUACUUCUGGCUCAAGGAGCAGCAUCAACUCUUCUGUUGAUGUAAGUAUAUGUAAUAAAAUAGUCACCAAAGUUUGAUCAGUUCCCAGAAAAGGUAAUAACUACCAAACUCCCAUCGUAACAGAAAUGGAGUAAAAAAAUAUUUCAAACACAGCAAUGAGAAGUUCUGUUAUUGCAAGGGGAAGGAAAUGAUGGACUGAGCUUGUACAACUGAACUAGGUAGAACUCUUUAAGUGAGCUGAUUACAGUAAUCUCCCAAUUCAUUUGGGCAAGAGAUAGGCAGGCUUAUUUCACAUCUCGCUGCACACUAUCUCUAUUCCUCACCACUACAAGUUUACACAGCAAGACUUCAGACUAUUCACACAUGAGAGUGGGCUAGACAGAGAAA